CCCCCAUUUUUACCACUCCUCUCUGCAAAUAUUCAACCUUUAUCUUUCUCUAACCAUGCUCUCUUCAACCUCUCUCAAUCCCAAAACUCCCUUCUUUUUUCCAUUUUUAAUCCAAACCCCAUCUCUUUUAUCUUCUCAUCUUCCGUUCUCCCCUUCAAAACCCCUCCUAAAACCCAUCUCAGCCACUCUUAUCCCCUCCACUCCCCAACCUCAACAGCAACAGCUUUAUCAACCUUUCAGGCCACCUCCAUCUCCACUCCCUUCUAAAUUCCGCUCACUCGACGCUCUGGGUCGUUUAGACGUGUUAACCGACCGGCUUGGCCUUUGGUUUGAGUAUGCCCCGCUUAUCCCGUCUCUUUACCAGGAAGGCUUUUCACCUCCUUCCAUUGAAGAAAUAACUGGGAUUUCUGGGGUUGAACAGAAUACAAUGAUAGUUGCUUCCCAGGUAAGAGCCUCUCUUGUUGAAGCCAAUACUGAUGAAAGUCUAAUAUCUUUUUUCGAUACCGGUGGUGCUGAAUUGCUUUACGAGACUAGGAUUUUGAGUUCUUCCCAAAGAGCCGAAGCUGUUCGAUAUAUUAUUGAACAAAGGUUGGAUGCUAAAGGUGCACGGGAUUUGGCUAGAGCUAUGAAAGAUUUCCCGAGAAGGCAAUUGGAUAAAGGUUUGGGAAGCUUUGAUUAUAAUCUUCCUGGGGAUUGUCUGUCGUUUAUGUAUUAUAGACAAAGUAGGGAACAUAGGAAUCCUUCUGAAGAAAGAACUACCAACUUGAAGCACGCAUUGCAAUUGGCUGUGUCUGAGAGUGCUAAAAACGAGGUUUUGCAAGAGUUGGAAGGUAAAAAAGAUGGAGAAGAAGAGAAGGAAGAUUUGGGAAACAGGGUUCGGGUUCCGGUCGUUAGGAUGCAGUUUGGCGAAGUUGCUGAGGCUACUAGUGUGGUGGUUUUACCUGUUUGUAAGGCGGAGGAGGAUGUCGAGCUGAUUUCGGAAGCACCUUCGGAAUAUACAAGUGGAGGGGAUUUCGGUGUUGUGGAGGCCGAGAAAGGGUGGAAAAGAUGGGUGGUGUUGCCCGGUUGGAAACCGCUAGCAGGGCUUAGAAGUGGAGUUGUUGUGGCAUUCAGUGAUGCCAGAGUUAUACCGUGGAAAGCGAAUAGCUGGUAUAUGGAAGAGGCUAUAUUGGUGGUUACGGAUAGGAGUCGAAAGGAGGUCGAAUUGGACAACACGUUUUACUUGGCGGUGGUUAAUGGUGGGUUGAAGGUGGAUACAGGUUCAGAAUUGAAGGCAAUGGGUGUGAAGGAGUGUCUAGGAACUGUGCUACUGGUGGUUAAGCCACCUAGAGACGGUACCGAUGAUCAAUUGAGUGAUGAAGAUUGGGAAUGAAAAGAAUCGAAAGCCAGUGAUUUUGUUUUGAUCCUGAUAGCAAAUAGAGAUUACUGGAGGCCAUCAAUGUCCAUGUAGUAGCUUGAUUUAUGCAACAUUCUAUUCAUUGCCAAAUGAUGGCUUCAAUUUUAGGUAAUGAACUCAAGUAUAAUACUCUGCUGCACUGUUCGCAGGAGGUAGUUCACUGUUUGUUUCAUAUCAUGUAAUGCAUAAAUUGAUUCAACUAUGAAUGUCGUAUCAUCCUUUCUGUUAAA